AUGGAUCUAGCUCCCAACCUUCCUAUCAACGACCCUUUACCUCAUGCCAAAAAAGAGGGGGAGGGUGAGCUUGAUCAUCGUCGUCAGAGUUCGACAAAGGCAUUGCAUAAAUGCAUUUCCUCUCUCAUCACCAUACUAGCCGUAUUUGUCCCACUUAAGCACGCAGCUGGAGUUGCGUCUCUUCUAUUUAUUGCUGCUUUAUUGGUUUACUUCGGGUCUUUGGCUAUCAAGAUAGUCCUCCAAGCCCAAGCUCAUGAGGAUCAUUACAUUCCAGAUUUGGCUGAGUUCAUGGAUAAGAUUAGCCUCUCGUCUGGAACUCUCGCCUUGAGUUUAGAAUUGCUGAUCAUUGUUCCAGCUUUUGGGUGGUUCGCGAUCGUCGUCUGGAGCCUUUGUUUUGUGAUUGCUGUAAUCAAGUCGUACCAUCAAAGUGCUGUUGUUUUGAAAAGCUUGGGUCAGUGUGCAGUUGACGAACUUCUUCAUGCCUUUGACAAAUUCAAAGAGCUCUUCCACUCGACCGAGGAAACCGAGCAGCAGACUGCACUACCUAUAUAA